UAAUUUCCGAAUAUAAUAAAAAUCAAAAUCUCAUCUUUAAGAACUUUCAUCUUUUUCCUUUGAAGCUUAUACAACUUGUGAAGAUGGCUUCUGAAGAGAGCGAGUACCGAUGCUUCGUCGGAGGUCUAGCUUGGGCCACCGACGACCAAUCUCUGGAAAGAACUUUCAGCCAAUUCGGAGAAGUUCUCGACUCCAAGAUCAUCAUUGAUCGUGAGACAGGGAGGUCCAAAGGAUUUGGAUUCGUGACUUUUAAGGAUGAGGAAUCGAUGAGAACUGCGAUUGAGACGAUGAAUGGUCAAGAGCUUGAUGGUCGUAAUAUCACUGUCAACGAGGCUCAAGCUCGCCGAACUCGCGGUGGUAACGGUGGUGGUGGGUAUAACCGUGGUGGUGGAGGCAGUUACGGAGGUGGUGGUGGCGGUUAUGGAGGGGGUGGUGGCGGUUAUGGAGGCGGUGGUUAUGGAAGUGGUGGUGGUGGUUACGGAGGUAGACGUGAUCAAGGUGGAUAUAGCCGUGGCGGCGGAGGAGGUGGAUACGGUGGUGGUUAUGGAGGUGGACGUCGUGAGGGUGGAUAUGGUGGCGGCGGUUACGGUGACGGAGGUUACGGUGGUCGAUCUGACGGAAACUGGAGAGAUUGAGUCUUGUGUUCUCUCUGUUUCUUUGGGCUAUGGAUUUGGUCGUUGUUUAUUUGGUUUUUUUUCAUAUGUAAAAACAAAAGACAAAAUAAAAAGUUUGAUGCUUUUGUUCUUCCAA